UUUAAAUAGAAGGAAAUCGCUAAUUUUGGAGUAAAAUCAAAAAUAUACAAAAGCACAGAUAGAGAAAAAAAAACUUUCGAGAGUGGUAUAGACGUAUUAGCUUUGGAGAAGUCAAAUUGCUACAUAAAGACAAAAAAUCUAUCGAUAUUGUAUCAUUACUUUAUGUACAAACAAUAUUACCGAUAAGAGUGGGACCCCAGUAAGCAGAAAGAUAAAUACGAAGGUAGACUGCUUCUGCUCCAAACGACAUUACGAUACAAAUCUCUAAUUAUAAAGACAUGGCUGAUUCUUUAAGCUCACGGAUUUCUCCUUACGAAACCUAAUCCAACCAAUUACUCCAUCUUUCUCUCUGUAAGCAAUAAGUGGAAGAAGAAGAGAGAAACAAUAACAUGGAAGAAGAAGGAACUAGAAGAAGCAGAGGGCAUCCUCUGUUGAGAUCGAAGAAGAGACAAGGAGGCUACAACCAUGGCUUCUCACAAUCUCAUAUCCAAACUCUAGCCGUCAUCUGUCAAACACUCCUCCCUCCUCCGCCGACAAAGCAGCAGACUCUCGAUUCCUUCGACGUUGCCUCGGGCUCUCAGCCACCAUUUCCGGAUGAGGUGGCAGAGAUGAUAGUGAAAAACGGACGAUCAGAAGCAGUGAAGAUUUUGAGAAUCGUAUUGACGAUUCUAUCAUUCAGAUUUGGAACUUUAUUGCUUUGUGGCUCUCUCUGUCUUGUCAAGAAAUGGCCUCUUGUCCUUAAAUUCUCUCAACUUCCAUUGGAUAAAAGAGAAGAGAUCCUGAGGAAAUGGUCGAGACAGAGUGGAUUUCUUCUUCCCCUUCGAAUCACUUUCUUCCUUGCCAAAUUCUACACUCUCUUCUACUUCUUCUCCCAGACUGAUGAGAACCAGAAGAAUCCUGCAUUGGAAGCGAUAGGGUAUUGCAUCGACAAGACAGAGACAAGUAGCGACAAGACGAGCAAAGAAGACGAAGAGACACGACGACCUCUCGAGAAAGGGAUCAUUGAGACCAAGCACGAGAGUGACAUUACCAUCACACAGUCUCUAAUCGCAAAAGGCGUCCAUGUCGCUAGAGAAGACGAUGAUGAUAACGUGCACAGGAUCAGAUGCGAUGCGGUUGUUGUAGGCUCAGGAAGCGGAGGAGGUGUAGCGGCUGCAAACCUCGCGAAAGCCGGAUUGAAAGUGUUGGUCCUAGAGAAAGGGAACUACUUCGCAGCUCAGGACUAUUCAGCUUUGGAAGGUCCCUCUAUGCUCGAGCUAUACGAGAAAGGCGGGCUUUUGACGACGGUCGACGGGAAAUACAUGAUCUUGGCCGGUUCAACCGUUGGAGGAGGUUCAGCGGUUAACUGGUCAGCAUCAAUCAGAACACCGGAUCACGUCUUGCAAGAAUGGUCGGAAGAGAGCAAGAUCAAGUUUUUCGGUAGCCAUGAGUACCAAUCUGCAAUGGAUGAAGUUACUAGAAGGAUCGGCGUCACGGAGAGAUGCGUCAAAGAAGGGUUUCAGAACCAAGUUCUGAGGAAAGGCUGCGAGAGGCUCGGUUUGAAGGUGGUGUCGGUUCCGACCAACUCAUCAGAUGAUCAUUACUGCGGUUCUUGCGGGUAUGGUUGUAGAGGAGGAGACAAGAACGGGACAGACAGAACCUGGCUGGUCGAUGCCGUAGAGAACGGCGCAGUGAUCCUGACAGGUGUCAAUGCCGAGAGGUUUAUACUAGUUGACAACGCUAACGAGAGAAAGAAACGAUGCGUGGGAGUGAUCGCGAGCUCUGUUGGAGGAACGAUUGAGAAGAAGCUCAUGAUCGAAGCUCGAGUGACGGUUUCAUCCGCUGGUUCGCUGUUGACACCGACUCUGAUGCUUUCGAGUGGGCUAAAGAACCGGAACAUCGGGAGGAACCUCAGGCUGCACCCGGUUCUCAUGACAUGGGGAUACUUCCCGGAGAAAGAUUCUGACUUCUCCGGGAAAAUAUACGAGGGAGGGAUCAUCACCUCUGUACAUCACGUAAACGAUGCUGAAUCGGGUUGCAGAGCGAUACUUGAGAAUCCUCAGAUAGGACCAGCUUCGUUUGCGGGUUUAAGCCCGUGGGUUUCAGGAGCAGACCUUAAGGAGCGGAUGAUGAAGUACGGAAGGACAGCUCACGUGUUUGCUCUGAUUCGGGACAGUGGCUCAGGUGAGGUAAUGAAAGAAGGCGAGGUUACAUACAGAGCAAGCAAGAAAGAUAGGGAGAAUCUAAGGGCAGGGCUUAGACAGGCUUUGAAAGUUUUGGUUGCAGCGGGAGCUGUUGAAAUCGGAACAUACAGGAGCGAUGGACAGAGGAUGAAGUGUGAAGGGAUCACCAGAGAAGCCAUGGAAGAUGUUCGUUUCUGGCAAGAAGUCACAAUUGGACAAUCUGUUUUUGCAAUGAAACCGGACCAGUUCCCAAAAAAGAUAUCAAAGUUUUGUUUAUUGACAGAGACAAACUCGAGAUCUAUAAGAAAACUUGAAGAAAAUGGGAAAAAAAAGUCGUGGAUAUCGACGGAGCUGUUGCUGUUGCCAUUUCCCGGCGACGGACAGAGAGAGCUAACAAGACAAGCUUGUGCUAGACUGAUAUUUUGGGCCUGGCACUUA